AUGGUGACCAAAGGAGUCUCGGAACCCGCCGCGCUGAGGAAGAUGCUGAAGCCGCUGGCGGAGAAGCGCAGGCGGGAGCGGAUCAACAGGAGCCUGGAGGAGCUGCGGGUGCUGCUGCUGGACAGGACCCGGCACCAGACCCUGCAGAGCCGGAAGGUGGAGAAGGCCGAGAUCCUGGAGCUGGCCGUGCGCUACCUGAGGGACUGGAGCGCCCCCGCCGGGCGGGGAGCCGAUCCGGCGGGGGAGGCCGACCCUCUGCAGCGCUGCUACCUGCUGGGCUUCCGGGAAUGCCUGCUGCGGCUCUCCGCCUUCAUCCGCGACGCCCAGCCCUGCAUGCAGGGCCAGCUGCUCGACACCCUGAACCUCUACCUGGCUGCCAAGUGCCGCCAGGUGCCGCCGGAGCCGGCCUGCAGGCUCCGGCCUGGCCUCCCUCCCCCGCCUGCCUGCCCGGUCUCCCCCAGCCCUUCCUCGCCCGCGCAGCCAUGCCACCGACCCUUUCACCGCCCCGGGGCCCCGGAGACGCCUCAGAGACACACGGACGAGGCAGCAGCUUCGAAAGGGGAGCCCCCGCAGCCGGCCGUCUGGAGACCGUGGCCAUAG